CGCCAGGCUCGGCCGCGCCGGCCAUGGAUCCCUUCCCCAAAGACGGCGAGAGCGCGGCGACCGCAGAGCCCAGCCGCGGGGCCGCCCCCUCCAGCGGGGUGGUGGUGCAGGUCCGGGAGAAGAAGGGUCCCCUGCGCGCCGCCAUCCCCUACAUGCCGUUCCCCGUCGCUGUCAUCUGCCUCUUUCUCAACACCUUCGUGCCAGGGUUGGGUACGUUUGUAUCUGCUUUUACCGUUCUGUGUGGAGCCCGGACUGAUCUCCCUGACAGGCACAUGUGCUGUGUCUUCUGGCUGAACAUUGCUGCUGCUCUGAUUCAGAUCCUGACGGCGAUCGUGAUGGUUGGCUGGAUUAUGAGUAUAUUUUGGGGCAUGGACAUGGUCAUUCUGGCAAGCUACAAGGAACAGGGGAUCCCACAGCAGCUGUAGUGGCUGGGACAAGUAUGGUCAGAGAAACACGGCGAGAACUUUCCUUUGGCAGCUGUAGGCCACGGACCUUUUCAUUACCAUUUGUCUCUCUUCUUCCUUUUGUUUUGUUUCCUUCUGUCUGAACCCGGUUCAUCUGCCGGUCCAGCGGAGCGGAGGUGCAGAGCAGCCGAUGGAGACUUGCACUGAUCCCGUUGAGCAGUGGAGAUGGGGCAAGCACAGCAUGGGUUAGGACUGGCCCUGGCCAGCACACGGUGGGCAGCCGGUGAGAAGGAGGAAGAGGAGAAGGAGGGUGCCAGGAGAAGGAAACACCCCUGCUGAAGGUGGCACCUGGGCAGGCAGCUGAGCCGAGGGAGCAGGGAACUCUCCUCCCAGAGAGAAGUUGCUGAAGAUGCUUUGCCUCCUUUUUACGCUCACUGUCAAAGGAAACCAGCUGUGAACAUCAAAUGCCAAGGAGCUAUUGAUACACGUACAGUAUGGAACAGCAAACCAGUGGUACUUUUUUCCCCCCACCCCAAGAGUCCAUCCUUGACUGCUUCACGGUAGCAGAGGGCUCAGCCCAGCCUCCUCUGCUGUCUCUGUAUAUAUGAUGCUGAACAAAGCACUGUCCUUGCAGAUGUCUUGAGAAACGUGCUUGCUGUCAAUCAUAUUGCACCACUGAACUGACUGGGGCCAUUCCCUCCUUCCAUCCGCUGGCACCAUGCGAAGACUAGGCCUCCCGCCGGCCUCUAGGGAGGCUUUACCUGGCAAGAGACUGGUGGCCCACAGCACUUUGCCUCCAGAGUGGCAGAUGCAGCCACAUGCUGUCAAAAGCUUCUAGUGUCAAACAGUACUGGGGGAGCCAAAAAAAACCAGCUCCAGACAUUUCCUCCUGUCCACCUGGGAGGGACUUGCUGCCAGUGUCUCCAUGCUUUGGAAAUGAUCCCCUUACAAGUGUGGCAUGUGCUCUUGCCUGAAGCAGCAUCCCUGCUCCGCUUCCCCGGAGUGCUGCAGAGCGAGGCCUCCUCCUCCGGGAUGCCCACCAACAAUGGGGCUGGAUAACUUGCCUCUGGCUCACGGGAGCCGUGCCAUACCGCUGCUGCAAACCAGCCCCUGCCUCCACACUGUCAUGGCUAGUGGCCACAGCCAGCCAGCUAGCCAUCUGCUUGAAGGUGCACGGCCCCCAGCUUUCCUGAUACCAUCUUCUGCUUUUCAGAUAUAGAUGUUUUAGACACAAGUUUUACAGCUAAAGAGCGAGAGCAGGUGACAAAGAAUAACUGCAGUUGCUUUGCCCCCAUCUGCCAGUGCCACAGUAUUUGCUGCCGCUCUUUCCUGAUUGUGAAAACCGAGUUUCUCCCUCUCCCCUUGCAAAAAAACAAAGGGCUUUAAUGAAGUAGUUCCUUGGCACUUGAACCCAGCUGGGCUGAACAGCUGAUGUACUAGGUGGAAAGCAAUUCCAGGUAAGAACCAAACCAAACGUCUUUUUGACAUUUGUUGCCAGUUGUAAACCCGUUUCAUCGUGGGUCUCUCCAACCACUUUGAUGCAGAGCACAUUAACAGUUUUUUCCAAGUUUGUUGGUGUUACCAAAUCUGUACUUGCCAUGGAAAAGGUGCUAUGGAAGAUGGCCUCUGCCCUCCCGGCCCUUUGCCACCUUGCUGCCGGGGGCUGGCACUGCUCAGCUGUGGCCCCUGUGCCAUCACAACAGCGAAAGUCGGUGGGGCCUGUGCUGGGAAUGGCUCUGGCACGCAGCCAUGCGGGGGGAUCCGUCAGCCGUCUGAGGUACCUCCAUCUGUGCCACAGCCUGUGCUUCCUGAGACAAAGCCGCGUGUUCCUCCCCACGGGCAGCCACUGUCACACACUCUAUUAAAGAUCUUCGGUUCUGCUGGAAGUCUCCCCUUUGUCACAGUCUCACCGUGACACACAAGGUAUAGUGCCAAGCUCCAUGGACAGGAGCCUGAAGAGUCACAGUCUCAUCAUUCUUCAGGGGCUGUUUUAUUCCACCAUUGCCUCUUACUUGUUUUGAGACAACCCUGCAGUUCACCUACACACAUACACUCCAGCCAGAGUGUAUUUUAUCGCUAUUCAACCCAAACCACAUUCUCUACAAGAUGCCACCAAGAGUUCACCGACAUUUAAAGCCCAGACGCGAGGAGAGUUGUGAGCUUGGCUAAAUCCGACGUCCUUCCCAGUCAAAAACUGUGGCUUCUUCCCCACGCUUGCUAACCACAGUGCUAACAGCACACCCCUGUACUUUCUAGCUGACUUCAUACUCACAUGCACAACGCACUUUCAGGCAGCACUGCAAUUUAUUUUCCAAACUGGCACUCAUCAUUUCCAUGCCCACCACGGGACCAGAGUGCUGUCAAACCCUGUGACAGUGGCAGCGGCUGAACAAGGGGUGGUUACAGUGAAUCCCACAGGAGCCCCAUGCCACCCACAAGCCAUCCUUCCUCUUGUCAUCUGUAUGCAUAACUAGUUCCAGGCUAAAAUUCAAUCCUGCUUCUCUUACGCCCACCGACCAGCCAGAGGGAAGCAACAGCUCCCCGCAUCCUCACCACCAAAGUGGUGCAGUGGGAUGUGAGGGCUCCACGUAGACUAGAACCGACAAGGCGAGAGUAGCUCAGUCCAGCUUCCAACUCUAAUGAUGCUUCCAGUAGACAAGUCAAAGGGCACAUUUGGGCUUGGAAUCGAAGCAGGGGCUCACCUCCAUGGGCACUGCCUGGAGGUGAUGGCAGCACUCCCCCAAACACCCAGCAAACAAUCCCACCCUGGCCCACACAGGCACUGCUCCACAGGCUGGGAGGGGGAUAAGUUGUCCAUUGCUGACCUGAGCCCAUGUUUUCCUUGGUUUUGGACACACUUGGGUGUAUCAGGUUUCCCCACCUGAGGAAGAAGGGAAGGGGUGCUGUUUGUGCCCCAGUGGCGAACCUGCCUUUCAUUUUCGUGCCAGAGCCCGAACGGAGGGGUUACAGGACCAUUUGUAUGCCUAUUUAUAUUGCCAAGUAUUGGAUUGUGACUUGCUGUGUUUUGAUAC